UUGCGCCCUACGAGUCCUCCUUUUAAACUCCCGUCUCCUGACCCCCGCACGGCAUUGUGUAAUUCAACAUCAACCCUCCAUUUGACGUACAUAUAAGGUACUAUUAUGAGCACAAUCCUACGACGAACUUCGAAGCUCACAUCAUCUAUCAAAACCAGUUUCAGAAACAGCAAUAUUCCCCGCAUCAACCACACUAGACCCCUCGCAACAAUGACUACCGGCAACUUCCGCUAUCUAGACCCCGCGACUCUGGAGGGCAGCAAGCCCUGGGCAAAGGUCGAUACAGACGUAACCUCUUUUAGCCGGCUCGAGCGCCGCCGCUCAGUGGUGAACAUCCGCGAGUCGACGGAAGAGUUCGGCACCGACGUCUCCGGCUUCGCCGUGUACAACUCACCCGCUAAGGAGAAGGAUUUCAUCGACGAUGAGGCAGUGCGAAGCGGCUACUAUACCGAAGUGGAGGCACUCCUGAGGGAGAAGUUGCCCGGUGUGAAGAAAGUUGUGAUUUUUGACCACACCAUCCGGAGGAGGGAGAAGAGCAGCCCCAGACAGCCCGUACAGCAGGUGCAUGUCGACCAGACGCCCGGCGCGGCGGAAGCGCGUGUGAGGAGGCAUGUUCCGGGAGCUGAGGCGGAUGAGCUGGUCAAUGGACGGUACCAGAUUAUCAAUGUCUGGAGACCGAUCGGACACCCGGCGAGUGACUUCCCGCUUGCGGUGAUUGACUGGCGGACUACGGAGCCCAAGGAUCUGAUCGCUGUGGAUCUCUUGUACCCCCGGAGGACGGAUACCGAUGACGAUGAUCGGGGCAAGGAGGUGCUUCCGGACCCGGCUUUGGCGCGGUCGACGGAGAAUUACGAUGUCAAGGGCGAGACUUUCUCUGUCGCACCAAGCGACAAGCACAAGCUGUAUUACGCCAAAGAUAUGACCCCUGACGAAGCCAUGUUCAUCAAGUGCUUCGACUCGAGGAGCCAAGGGCGGCCUGGCGGCAAGCCGGGACGGGCCGAUUACACGCCUCACACGGCCUUUAUUGACCCCAACACCCCCGCAGAUGCGAAGGGAAGACAAAGCAUAGAGGUUAGAUGCUUGGUGUUUUAUGAGUAGAGACCAUUCAUCGAAGCACGGACAUCUAUGUCAUUGUACUUAGAUCAUGACCUGUUACCUGGUACAGUUGAUGAGAGUCAGGAGAGAUGGCUUAUUAUGAGACAUGAACACGACAAAACAAGGUAUUCAAAACCAUUUGACUAGUGAAGAAGGAGAGCUUGUGAUGUAUCUUGACGGUGAGAUUAUUUAUGGAAAUUAUCUAGCGAGCGUGGUUGUGUGCAUAUACUAUAAAGUGGACAAUGGGUAUCUAAGUAUGCUGCUGGCAUAUGUACAGCGAACGGCGUAGUUGCAGGAGCAGCAACAAGACGAUAUUCAGUAUGAGCUCAAGAGCCCAAUUAGGUUCAUGAGGAUUGAGAUUAGGUGGACUGGUAGACGGCAACAUAGGCAGUCUCCAUCAUGCUUCCCCAGCCGCCAAUGGUAGAGCCAUCCGGGU